GUGCCUGACUUUUUAGAUUAGGAAAAGGGAGCUGCUGCCCAAAUCCGGAGGCGUCUGAAAUCAGUGUGCUGCGCAAAAAAGGAAGAAAAGUAUUAAUUAUGUUGCAAUCGGGCAGCUUUGACACCUUGUUAAUCUGUUGUUUCCGUGCAAAAUUAAACUUAUUUUUUUCUCCGUGGGAGAGGAAAGUAGAAACCUUUGCCUGCCCUAUCCUCCCCUUUCUUCCCCCGUUACAGGCUUUCUGAAGUGAAUAAGUCACUAGGGUUGAACAAUCACAAGUUUGUAUGUGGCAAUCUGUUUAAGAUCCAGCUUUUGGUAUGUAUUAUUUGUCUCACCUUUCUUAGGGCAAUGUUAUCUCGUUGCAUCUAAUCGGUCUCUGCAAGUUUCUCUCCCACCUGAGAUCUCCUUGGUUGUUGCAAUUUUUUCAUGCUUGGUGCUUACUUUUUUGGGAUUGUGACAACGUAUUGCCCAGCUAACAAUGAGCCAAUUGCAAGGGUGCAACAGGCCAACUUGGAGGAUUACGAAGAAACAAUAAAGAAAGCUAAAGAGGCAUGGAAAACAUGGGCAGAUGUUCCUGCACCUAAACGUGGAGAAAUAGUGAGACAAAUUGGUGAUGCCUUAAGACAGAAAAUCCAAGUUCUGGGAAGCUUGGUCUCAUUAGAGAUGGGAAAAAUUCUUGUCGAGGGUGUUGGCGAAGUUCAGGAAUAUGUUGAUGUCUGUGACUAUGCUGUUGGUUUAUCCCGAAUGAUUGGUGGACCUGUCUUGCCUUCAGAAAGACCUGGACAUGCCCUUAUAGAACAGUGGAAUCCUGUGGGAUUGGUAGGAAUUAUCACUGCAUUUAACUUCCCUGUAGCAGUGUACGGUUGGAAUAAUGCAAUUGCAAUGAUCUGUGGGAAUGCUUGCCUUUGGAAAGGUGCUCCUACAACAUCCCUCAUUAGCGUAGCUGUUACCAAGAUAAUAGCCAAAGUUUUGGAGGAUAACAAAAUGCCUGGUGCAAUCUGCUCCCUGAUAUGUGGUGGUGCAGAUAUUGGCACCACAAUGGCAAAGGAUGAGAGGGUGGACCUUCUGUCUUUCACUGGCAGCACUAAGGUGGGCAAGCAAGUAGCACUUAUGGUUCAGGAGAGAUUUGGACGCAGUUUGUUAGAGCUUGGUGGAAACAACGCUCUUGUUGUGUUUGAAGAUGCAGAUCUUAACCUAGUGAUCCCCUCUGCUUUAUUUGCUGCUGUGGGGACAGCAGGCCAGAGAUGCACAACUGCCAGAAGGCUGCUCUUGCAUGAAAGCAUCCAUGAUGAGGUGGUAGAGAAACUUUCUAAGGCCUACGCACAGAUUCGCAUCGGCGACCCAUGGGACUCCAACACUCUGUAUGGGCCUCUCCACACUAAACAAGCAGUGACGAUGUUCCUUCAUGCAGUGGAACAAGCCAAACAGCAGGGUGGCUCUGUGGUCUAUGGCGGGAAGGCUCUGAAUCGCUCUGGCAACUACGUUGAGCCAACAAUUGUGACUGGCCUUCCCCAUGAUGCAUCCAUCGUGCACACUGAGACAUUUGCCCCCAUUCUCUAUGUGCUGAAAUUCAAGACAGAAGAAGAGGCCUUUGCUUGGAAUAAUGAAGUAAAACAAGGUCUCUCUAGCAGCAUCUUCACCAAGGAUUUGGGCAGGAUUUUCCGCUGGCUUGGGCCUAAGGGAUCAGACUGUGGUGUUGUAAAUGUCAACAUUCCAACCAGUGGGGCUGAAAUUGGAGGUGCUUUUGGUGGUGAAAAGCACACUGGUGGUGGAAGAGAAUCUGGUAGUGAUUCAUGGAAACUGUACAUGAGAAGGUCCACUUGUACAAUCAACUACAGUAAGGAUUUGCCUUUGGCUCAAGGAAUCAAGUUUCAAUAACAACCUUGCAAAAGGGGGUAUUCUGAAAACUCCUGACAUUUCAAAGCCAUUCACCUUCUAACCCUUAUGACUGACAUAAUCUGAAACAAUACUGCACCAAGAUGACAGCAACAACUAUACUACUUCUAUGCCAACAAGCCAAUUAUUACAUUUUGUAUCUGUUUGAAUAAUGUAUCAUUCUUAUUUCAGUUCUGAAAAAUGAAGUACAUGAUCUUUGGGGGAGGAGCUUUGCUCUGGAUUAAAGUGGCUUGCAACAUUUUAUAAUGCCUUUUCUCUAUGUGCUGCAGUGUCUGCAGAAUUUCUGUGUCCUUGUCCAAAUACUGAUCUUGUUGUGGGUGUGGUUAUUAAAACCACACUUAAGAAAUGCAUAUUCAGUAUUUAAUCAAAAUUUAGGCUGAUAUGAGGGACUGUGUCUCUCUUAAAUAAAAAUCACAUUUUGGGGACUCAUGAUA